AGACGGCAGCGCGAGCCAACUCUGCUGCUUCGAAACCAUCUUCGCCAAAAUCGAAAGAGAAAGAUGGAAAGUCUGCAGCGAAAAAGGACAAAACUUCACCGGAGCAGGUAGGUAAAGCAGGAAAAGUGACGAAAUCACAGUCAAAAAGCAGAAGUCCAAAAGGAUCAAAAGAAAAGCCCAGCAAAGGUUCGGAUGCAGUUGAAGACAGGGGCGGCACUGAUCAUGAGCCGGAGGACCAGGGAGCCGAUGCGUCUCAUUUCGAAGCGGAAGCCGGACGAAACGGCGCGGACGGCACUGCGGAUCCACCAAGAAGCAAGGCGGUACGCAGUCGCCCAGCGUCCGCACAUCCGAACAAACACAGCAAGAAAAGGAAGGAUCAAGGAGAAAAGUCCGCUGCUAAACGGAAAGCUGAUACGAACGACGACAGUGCCGAGAUGAAAAAAUUUCUCUGCCCCCCGAGUGGCGCGGGAGGAGACGCUGUAGAGCCGCGCUCCGUUCGCAGCGUCUCAAGCCUCGGCGAGCCGAGCGUCGGGGAACAAGAUUCGGUCGCGGUGAAGCGAGCCAGACAGGAAUUGCCGGGAACAAAGGUCGGAUUUUCAGCGUCAAAAGAGCGGCGAGAGGAGGAUGAAGCCCUCGGGAUUGUCGAGGAUGUGGACUCAUUGUCGGUUUCGCAACAGCAAUCCAAGAUUUUUGAGGACGUGGCGGGAAAAACCGUGUUGGCGGCGAGUGAUAGCGAGGAGAUAGUCGAGGACCAUGGGGCAGAUCUUGCCGCUCUUCGCGUAGCGACAGACUUGGGAGACUCGUCUCACCAUGAUAAAGUCCAAACGCCAGCUGCACUUGCGCAGUCGCAGCAGCAGGAAAUGGAUGCGGCCAGCAAUGCCGGUUCCUCUGCCAGUAGUGGAACGCACGCCGUAAGACACCGGAAUUCCUUUCCCAAUCUCCGACAGGACGUGCCGGCACUGGAGCUGCAGAACGGAAAGAAGCCCCAGCGCUCGCAAACGAUGUACGCCCUUCGCAGAAGAGAAGAUUCCGAUACCGAGCCGGGAGCUGGAG